AUGGGAGACGCCGAGACGCCCAAGAGUGACAGCGCUGAAGCGAAAGCCCAGCUGGUCGCUGGCAAGAAAUCACGCCGUACACUGUCAUGCCUCAGUUGCCAGAAGCGUAAAGUAAAGUGUGACCGUGUGAAACCGUGUCGAGCUUGUUGUUUGCGAGGCGUGCCCGCCCAAUGCGAAUACGGAACUACGAAACACGACCGGGGCUUUAUUGAGCAAUCAGACCUUAUCGAAGAACUCCGGGCGAAAGUGAGGAAGCUUGAGCAAAAGCUCACCGAACAUAAUGGCGUCGUACUGCAAGGAAAUGUCGGGCCAGACAGAUCUGCUUUGAAAGCGAAGGUCGCGGCUAUCGACGCGAACAAGAAGACUGUUUCGCAAAUACUCUCUGCAACCGGUCUACGGAAUGCUUUGGCACAGUCGUCGUCCCCGGAGAAGUUCCUUCUAGAAGUUUUCGUUGGCGAGGUAAUCAAAGCUUUUGCACCCGAUCCGACAAAUAUCCACGGUCGAGUCUUUGAUCUUCGUGCAGCUGCUGAAAGACGAAUUUGUUCCCCACUUUUGGCCGCUGGCUUCGACGCAACAGCAUUGAUAUUCAUUGGACAGCGAGACCAAAAUCAGAAAUUUUUGACUGCUGGAAAUAACCAGUAUCAUCGAGCUCUGAGACUACUACAAAAGACAGUAGAUGAUCCACAACAAUGUACUUCGACCGAUGCUUUGACCAUGGUCGUUCUUUUGACCGUAAUUGAAGUAACAACUGCCAUCGCUAGUAGAAAGGCAACAUUUCUCGCUUCAGACGACUGGUUGACGUUGCCUUGGACCGAAACCGGCCUACAAAAAGACAUUCUUCAUCAUCUUCUUGAUGUAGCAGUCGAUAUUCCUGCCUUUCUCGGCAAGUAUGACACUUUCAAGACCGCCUUGGUGAAGGGCAAAUUAUCUCAAGCGGAACUUCUCAUCACACAGAAUGAGAUACAGUCGACCGCGACCACUCUUGACGAGCGACUGCAGCUGUGGUAUUCUGUCAAUGUACUGCACUACGAACAUGGAUAUAUGACGGAGAAGUCAGCAGAAGAUUACUUGAGGGAUGCCGAGAUUCCACGUUUUUACUGCCAAAAUGUGUCAUCCGGUGAUAUAGAGCAGCCACCCGUGCUCAUUUACCCGGAUUUACUCUUAGCUACAACCAUGUGUUUAUAUCGCGCUCUCCGUCUAGUCGUAGCUGGCGGUGAUCAUGACGGUAUUUACACGGUUCUGAGCUUCUCGGAACGCUACCAGCUUGCUGUCGAUAUAUGUCGAAGUAUGCCAUACUACUUGAAAACAGUUCCUGGUUUUUUGGUAUCCAGAUUGAUGUUUUCGUUGCGUGUGGCAUUUGACACAUUUCCCGAAGGAACGAUCGAAAGGGAAUUUGUUCAGCAAAUGUUCGGCUAUAUUGGUGAGAAGUAUCGAUUUCGUGUGUUUCAAAACCAGUGCUCCGAGUCAUCGACAGCUGUACGAGCUCGUGCUGUGAAUUUGGUUGGCAAACUUCAGGGAUAA